UUUACGCGGGCUGAAUUUAUCAUUGGAAAUACUGCUUUUGACGCCAUUUUUAACACGUUUUCAAACUGAUGAGGGGAAAAAAGCGAAUGGUUUAGUGUACAAUUCUCCCUUGUUGGCGCAAGGCGAUAUAAGAUAAUCAUUUAUUAAGGAGCUGUACGGGCCAAAUCUUUCAACCGAACAGCCAGACUAGAGUGCCAAAAUUGAACCACAAAAUGUUUUUUACAGACUUUCGUUGAGCCCACGAAGAACUACAUAGCCAGCGUUGAAACCACUCGGGCGCUAAUAACAUCUAUUAUUCGUGAGUUUUAGAAACAACUGGCUCAAUUAGAAUUAACAUAAUAGACUCCUAUUGAUAUGCAAAGAAGCUUUUAAUUUGGAUUUUGACCAAUUUUGGCCAAUUUUCCACAAAUCCCGAAAGCGGUGCCAAAUCACCUUCAGUUUGGAUUGCUGAAUUUUUAAAUCUAAUGGCCUUUAUUUACUUUGUUAAGACCCUUGCUUGUUAACUGUGACACUUAAACGACGUAAAUUAAUAAUCCUUAAAGAACAAACAGCAACAUAUUUUAAAUAAUACAGAAAGCACCCGCGCAGCUCUCCCACAGGGCUCUGGUAUUUAGGAGCAAUCUCAGUUGUUACUAUGGUAACGUAUUCCAAAAUGGCGUUCCAAAACGGCUGACAAACAUAUGGAGGUCUAAUUCCUCCUUGAGAUGGAUAUGUUAGAAUACUGCAAGACCUAUAGUAUGGUAAAAAGUAGUUAUGCUAACCAAGAAUCUACCGAUCUAAACCCUCAGGAAGUUCGACAGGCAUCGACCUCGCACAAUAAUUACGAAAAUAAUGGCGACAUUGUGGUUGAACCUCUGGAUAGCUCGUGUUUGUCAACAAAACCCGUGGAUUUAUCACAUUACCGCUCAGUUACACAGCUCGACAAGGAAGAAAGCCUCAAUGGCGACAAGAAACUUAGCCCCUUGAAAGACGUAGCGAGGAAUAAAGCAAUGAUAUCCUCGUUGAAUACGAAGACUCCACAAAGAGUGAACUUCGAAUGCGAGCUGACUUUUGCUCCGAAGCUAAACGCCCUUAGCAUAAAAUUGGCAAAAGAACGUGGUGAAAAGGUCCGUGCUGGGACAGAGAAGAGAAUCGCUAACGCAUCCGAUGAAUUUACUUUUAAACCCAAAGUUAGUUCCAACAGUGUGAAAAUCGUGCAACAGCUAAAGACAACAUUUAUGGAUCGACAGCAAAUGCAUGUGGAAAAACAAAAGCGCUACAUUGAAGCAACAAUUAAUAGUUCAAACCAAACCAAAGGCAAGUUCAGCCCAGUGCCAGUCGCAUCCAGCAGAUCUCCAACUCGGCUUAAAAAGAUUCCUAAAAUCAAGGAACCAAGAAACCAAUCCAGGGAGGAAGAUGAUCAGAAGCUAUCUGAAGAGGGUUCAACCGGCUCUCCAGAAGUGUUAACAUCAACAUCAGCACCGGACUUGUUAACAACUCCUUCACUGGGCAAAUCUGACAACAAUGACUUGAAAAGCUCACUGCAGCAAUCAACUGAAAAACCUGAUUUAAAGUCAUUGUCAUCAACUGACCUCAAAAAGACCAAAUCUAAUGCAAAGAUCUCAGAGAAUGCCAUAAACAGGGCAAGUGUAGCUUAUCAGAAAAUCCAGGAGAAAAGUCCUUAUAACCAAUCACUCGAAAAUUUGUACUUGAAAAAAGGCAAGAGAGUUAUUAAGGCACACAAAAGGACAGCGACACAUCCGCCCACAAAACCCAUUGGGGUAGAAAGUGACAAUGCCAGAGGCAGCUGGGACGAUAACACAAAAGUUGAAAAUCCUGUAAAACAAAAGAAAACUCACUCCAGAAGUCACUCGCAGCCCGGUUCACAUCCACCGGGAAAAAUGAAAUAUGAUGAUCCACUGUUUGACAAAGUUAGACAUGCUAAAAAAGUGGCAGAAAAUGCCAUUAAGCAAAAGAAAGUUUUCAUUUGUCAUGGUCCGUAUCCAAUUGUCAGAGCUGUACUACGGAAGCGAGGAUAUGUAGAAAAACACUACAAAGGAAACCUGUUACCCUCAAAAAACAAGAAAAAUGACAGUGAUGGUAGUGACGAUGAUUCUUGUGAUAGUGGAGAUGACUCUGACUGUGAAAACUUGUUGCAAAGCAAGGACAAAAGCUCAAAGACUUCUAGUAAUCUUCCAGAUAAACCAAGAAAGGCAUCAAAGCCACAAACUAGAACUAUUAAUGUCCGUAAGAACAGAGCUGAUGAUGACGGCAGUGCUUGUGAUGACAGUGACGUUGAUAGCACAGAUAAUGAAGACUGGAAUGCAGGAUAUGAGGGAAAUGGCCCUAACUGUGAAUUUAGUCUCAUGUCCAGAUCUGUGCGCAAUGCUGUAGCUUCAUUUAUUUGGACUACCAAACGUGAUGAUGUGGAUUUCAAGUUCUUAAGAAAGGACCAGAUUGUUAAUCACUACAGCAAAGCAAGUUCUUUCACUACCAAGUUUGGUCUCACCACAAACAUUCAAAACUUGAAGUGGUAUGAAGAAGCUGAUCACUUCGCAUUCUUCCCUCGCUCAUAUUUGCUUGGCUCAGAUGAUGAGAAAAUGGAUUUCAUAGAUGAUUAUCGUCUCACUGCUGCCAUAAGCAUAGUAAAGUGGGUAAUCCAAAGAUAUGAAAAUGGCAACAGUGAUGAGAAACCUCAUUCCAACAAAGAGCCAUCGUCGCCUGACCAGGGGCGUGGCACUCCCAAAACAGCAUCAAGUACACGACGCAGGGAUUCUGCUAAGUCCAAAGCUGCAUCCAGGGCUCCCUCUCGGGCAACUUCCAAUGUAAUACCCGUGAAGGCCCUCACACUUGCCCUUGAAGUGUGCCGUGACUUCCUCAGAUGUAAGGGGCACUUGGAUAUUGAUGAGCCAAUCAACAAGGGUCCAGCUAUCACAGAAGAUUCCUGGAAGCUUCUUGUUGACUUCUAUUACCAGAUCAAGAGUCAUGAUGCUGUUAUUGCCACUGCUUAUCCUUUUCUCAAAGAGUGUCAGAACACAUUGAAACAGAUGAGAGAACACCUUCCUCAGAUAGACAUAGAUGGCAUGAAGAACAUUUGGAUUGUCAAACCUGGAGCAAAGUCGAGAGGCAGAGGUAUUAUGUGUAUGGAUCGCCUGGAUGAAAUUGUGAAGCUUGUGGGCAGCAAUGCUGUGGGAAACAAGGAAGGUCGCUUGGUUGUCCAGAAGUAUAUAGAAAAGCCAUUGCUAAUCUAUAGUGUGAAGUUUGACAUCAGACAGUGGUUUCUUGUGACUGACUGGAAUCCCCUGACACUGUGGUUCUACAAGGAUUGUUACAUAAGAUUCUGCAGUCAGAACUUUUCUCUGGAAGACUACCACAUAAGCAUCCACUUGGCCAACAAUUCUAUCCAAAAACACUUCGAGAAUGGCAUUCGUGACAAACGCAUUCCUGAUGAGAACAUGUGGAGCAGUGAUGAUUUGAAGGCUUACCUGAAAAAACGUGGUGUAGGUGAGAUGUGGGAAGAUGUGAUCUAUCCUGGAAUGAAGAAAGCUGUCAUCGCUGCUGCACAGUCCUGUCAGGAGAUUGUGGAGUAUCGCAAGAAUUCAUUUGAGCUCUAUGGUGCUGAUUUCAUCAUUAGUGAGGAUUACAAGCCAUGGUUGCUGGAAAUAAACUGCAGUCCUACCAUGGGACCAAGCACAGCUGUCACCAGAAAGCUGUGUGCUCAAGUGUUGGAAGAUACCAUGAAAGUGGUUCUUGACCGACGAGAGGACAAGAAUUGUGAAACAGGAAGAUAUGAAUUAGCUUUUAAACAGCCUCAAGUGUCAGCUCCUCCAUAUAUUGGCAUGAACAUGGCAGUAGAAGGACAAGGAAUACGGAAACCAACAGGAAAUAUGAAGAAGCACAACGAGGUGACUUCUCUUAGGGUGGUGCCCAUCGGCAAAGCCAAAGACACCCCUGCAGAAGGCAGUGGUGGCAAGCCUGCAUCUCUGCCUCGGCACAAAGAAUUAUCUCCUGAAGGUAGCACUGCUGCUAGGAUUGCUUCUCUCUCUCGUCCAAAAGAAAUGCGGAAUAUUUUGGUAAAUACUUCAGGAGAAGCAUUAGUGACAACAGACUCCAAAUCAAGAAAGAAGCCUGAAGGUUCCUGGGCAAUCGGUUGUAUGUGUGCACCGCAGUCAAUUCCUAUAGCAACUACCUUUUGCACAACAGACAAUGGAAAGUUAAAAGGACUCAUUGCAAGAAGUAAAACUCGCUAUUCUACCGAGGUCAAUGGUGCAGCUGAUACACAGCAGAGAACUCCAAGACCAAUGCAAAUACCCAAGGCAGUGCUGAAGUAUUCCACUGACACAACUAUGCGCCAGCGAGCACAACUGCCAAUAUCUAUAGGACCAGACAGUAAUGGAAAACACUUCUAAAAUCCCCCAGAGAAUUCUGUAUAUAGGGUUAGUAUUGGGGUCACGCUGACAGCCCAACUGAAGGCUACUCAGCAUUGUGUGACACAACUAGUGUUACCACAGAUUGCGUGACAGUCAUUGGUGAUCUGAUAAGCGGUAGAAUUUUGUUCCAGGUGACCCAUAGAUGUCUAUGUAAAAAGUUUAAUUUUUGAAAACCAAAAAUGGAAUUGUAUAGAGUUCAAAACUUGAAAAUGGAAGCUUUAUUUUUCCUGCAAAGAACUAUGUACUUCCAGAGGACUCUUACUCCAAAAUUACAAGUGGACCCAAUUUUUCACUCUGUUAUCUUGUUUUACAAAGUUUCAAUUGUUAUGAAAUAGUGUAAUAUAACUAUUUUAUCUUACUUAAAUACAGAAUACUUGGGAGAAAUAUUUAUAUCUUAGCUCUGGUCAGGGCGAAAGGAAUAAUGUAUUUUGAAUACGUAAAAGUAAUAUUUCUUAAGGCAUAAAU